AUGGAAAGAGGACUGUCAGGAAGCCGUUCCGGCUCCUGCCCGUCAUCAUGUGAUAAAGUGGUACAGUUUCUUCGAACCCUGACUCGUAAGAAAUCACUGGAGCCAGAAGGCGAGGAGUCUAGUUUCUGCCGAUGCCUGACCACCCUGGACCUGGUGGGCCUAGGUGUCGGUAGCACACUUGGAGCUGGGGUUUACAUGCUCGCAGGAGAGGUGGCAAGGGAAGUUGCUGGUCCCAGUAUCAUCAUCUCCUUCCUGGUAGCAGCAGUGGCUUCAGUCUUUGCAGGGUUGUGCUACGCUGAGUUUGGAGCUCGUGUCCCUAAAACAGGCUCAGCCUACCUUUAUAGCUACCUGGCUUUAGGAGAAGUUUGGGCAUUUGUGAGUGGCUGGAAUCUGCUGCUGUCCUAUGUCAUUGGAACAUCUAGUGUAGCGAAAGCCUGGAUUGGGGCUUUUGAUGACCUGACACAUAAUGUUAUUGCUGAAACUCUGAGAAAACAUACACCAAUGGACUCACCUGGCUUGGCUCCAUACCCGGAUUUCUUUGCUGCCGGGUUAAUAAUGUUGCUAUCUGUGAUACUUGCAUUUGGUAUGAAAGAAUCUGCUAUUGUCAAUACUGUUUUUACUGCAGUCAAUGUGGCUGUGUUAGUUUUUAUCGUCAUCUCUGGCUUUAUAAAAGGAGACAUCAACAACUGGCGAAUCAGCGAGAAAACUAUUCUCAAUGGAACUCACCAAGUGGAGAACCUUACAGUGGCCUACAAUGAAACAAGUGACUUUGGCAUUGGCGGGUUCUUUCCCUAUGGCUUUGAUGGAACUUUGGCAGGAACAGCAACGUGUUUUUAUGCUUUUGUUGGAUUUGACUGCAUUGCUACAACUGGUGAGGAGGUGAAGAACCCACAGAAAGCUAUUCCUCUUGGGAUUGUGGUGUCCCUGCUUAUCUGCUUCUUGGCCUACUUUGGUGUGUCAGCUGCCCUAACACUCAUGAUGCCCUACUAUCUGCUCGAUACCCACAGUCCACUACCUGUGGCCUUUGAGUACAUUGGCUGGGAGCCAGCUAAGUAUGCUGUGGCUGUAGGAUCCCUCUGUGCACUUUCAACAAGUCUUCUUGGAAUGAUGUUUCCAAUGCCAAGGGUGAUCUUUGCCAUGGCCAGAGAUGGGCUCCUCUUCAAGAGACUCAGCUACAUGAGCUCCAGGCAAAGUCCUGUCUUAGCCACGCUUUCCUCAGGAGCUGUGGCCGCUUUCUUGGUGCUGUUAUUUGACCUAAAGGCACUGGUAGACAUGAGUUCUAUUGGGACCAUCUUUGCAUACAGUCUUGUUGCAGUGUGUAUUCUCAAACUGAGCCUAGAUUACUACUCCACCAAGGAAUGCUGCGGAGUCAACUGA